GCCGCGUCGAACCCUCCGCGCGCCGGCACGAACGACCGACGUCGUCUCAGUGCGGACCGCAAUCAGCCCGUCCCGGACGUGUCGUCUUGGAUUUUCUCGUAACGUCGCGCGCGCGCUAAUAUAUACAUAGGUACCGCCGAUACGACGACGUGCGAUUGCUGGCUGUUACGAUAACACCUCUCAAUAUAAUGUACAUUAUUACGCAACACACGCGCAUAACAAUAUUAAUAUAAUAUAAUAGUUAUAAUAACGUUAAAAUAAUACGCGUCGUCGUACGGUUACGCGAUUGCUUCGCAUCACCGCCACCACCGCCGGUAUAAACAGGUAACAGCAUUAUUAUAAUUAUAUACGUUAUCGCGAGAAUAUAAUUAUUACGGCGCGCCAUGAAGGUUUCUAGUGACAAAACGAGACGUUUUUUAUUCGUCUGAUUUUGAUCUUUCGUCCACGUGUUUGUGUACCCUACGCCGCGCGUACAGGGUGUAACUUACGUUCAACAAAAUUGUAAUAUUAUACGUCACUCGUGUGCACUAUUCUAUAGUAUUAUAUCGGUUGUAUAGACCGUUCGGCAGUGCCGCCGUCGCGCGUGUUCAGUUUUUAUCGUCGUCGUCGGUGUCAGUGUCGCAGGUGUUCGUCGUCGGAUAAUAUAUUUUUAUAAGCUUCGUACGCGAUGCGCUGCCGCAGCUAACAUCUGACGCGCGCGCUCACGUACGCUGGAUUUUUCACACACGCACAUCAUGCUGCCGUACCAGGCGAUGGCCAUGGACUACGCGUCUGCGUCGUUCCAGCGACAUCCGGCCGCCGCCAACGUGGGACAUCAUCACCACGCGGCCGGUGGACCCGGCGGCGGUGGCCCAGGAUCGGCCGCCGCCGCGUUCAGCCCGUCGUGGUUCGUGCCGGCUGACUUGUGCAUGCCGUUCGCCAAACAAAAUCAGCCGCUCGUCGAACCAGGAAUACUCGAGUUGAGAAAAGAAAAAAGUCGAGACGCAGCUAGGUCAAGACGGGGCAAAGAGAACUACGAGUUCUACGAGCUGGCCAAAAUGCUUCCGCUGCCAGCAGCAAUUACGUCGCAGUUGGAUAAAGCGUCCAUCAUACGGCUGACAAUAUCGUACCUGAAACUGAGGGAUUUCUCAGGCCACGGCGACCCACCGUGGACUAGGGAUGGCCCACAAUCUGCAUCCAAAAACCUAAAAGGAACCUCAGCUCGAAACAGAUCUCCUAGUACCGUAGCCUUGGAAUUGUUUGAACAGCACCAAGGCACACAUAUACUUCAAUCGUUGGACGGUUUUGCAUUUGCAUUAGCUUCCGACGGACGAUUUCUAUACAUAUCAGAAACCGUGUCCAUCUACCUAGGUCUUUCUCAAGUAGAGAUGACCGGUAGUAGUGUGUUCGACUACAUUCACCAAGCUGAUCAUUCUGAGUUGGCCGAACAGUUAGGCCUAGGACUGACUCAAGGCCAGGGGAUGGCAUCACCGUCACCCAGUAGUGCUGGCUCCGAAGAAGGAAGUUCUAAUGUAGGCACGGCCAAUCCCGACGUUUCGUCAGUGAUGUCUCUAUCUAGCACAAAUGCAUAUAAAGGCUUAGACAGAGCGUUUUGCAUUAGAAUGAAGUCGACGCUGACUAAACGUGGUUGCCAUUUCAAAUCCUCCGGAUAUAGGGUGGUGCUGUUGAUUUGCAGACUGAGGCCACAGUACACGUUUUCGCACAAUCGGAAAUGUGCACCACCGCUUUUGGGCGCAGUGUCUUUGGCUAUUGCUCUACCCCCACCUAGCGUACAUGAAAUCCGACUGGAAACCGACAUGUUCGUCACCAGACUAUACUUCGACUUCCGAAUAGCUCAUUGCGAACCAAGGGUGGCGGAAAUACUAGACUAUACGGCCGACGAACUAACUGGUAUGAACAUGUAUACCCUGUGUCACGGCGAGGACGUGGGGAAACUCCGAAAAUGUCACCUAGACCUGAUUAACAAAGGACAAAUGAUGACGCACUACUAUAGAGUGAUGAAUAAAAAUGGUGGUUACACUUGGAUGCAGACGUGCGGUACGGUGGUCUGUAACUCGAAAAACGCCGAAGAACAGAACAUAAUUUGCGUCAACUACGUAGUCAGUGCCAGAGAAUUCGACAAUUUGAUAAUGGAUUGUUGCCAAAUGGAAGAGCACAUUAGACAGAGGGUGGUGAAAAGAGAAGAAACCGGAGGCAACGACCCUGAGAAUGGUUCACCCGAUGGCGGUGGUGGUGAUGGGCGAGGAGGAAAUCCUAGAAGAGAUCACCUGACACCGGCCGACCUAGACGAUGGUCAUUCGGCGGACGGACAGGGCGAUCCGACGAGAGGCAGAAAUCAUGUGGACAUAACCCAAUUGAAUAACGCACCGUCCGAACGAUUACAAUUGAACAACAACAACAAUAAUAACAACAGCAACAACAACAAUAAUAACAAUAAUAUAGGAAUACAACCUAAGAAGUCGGGCAACGAAAAACGGAAAGCGCACAAAAGGAAAAUCGCCGACCGGGACGAGGUGGCUGCGGCUGCGUCGGCGGCGGCAGCGGACAGCUGCUGUAGCAGCUCGGAAGAGGAAGUGUCGGUGAACAGAAAACAGCACUUCGCCAGCCUGAGUCCCGCCUCGUCGUCGUGUCAAUCCACGUUGCCACCCAGUCCACCGAAGACGAACGGCGGCGGUGACAAGAGGCCGACCGCGAGCGAUCCGAACGCCGUGAAAGAGCUCGAGCACGCCAUGUCCAAGCACCUGCCGCCGGCCACAGACAAGACGUCCGCGUCAUCGGCGGUGACGGCAGCGCACCAACCGACCGACUUUAGCACAGACGCGCUGCUCAAGCAACAGCAACAGAAGAGUACGAUCCAAUGGAUCGGAGCGCACCACUUGGGACAUCACCACCACCUUCAUCACCAGCAGCAGCACCAGCAGCACCAGCAGCAACAGCAGCAGCAGCAGAACGGCGGCUUACACCUGCAGCAGCAGCACCAGCAUCACCAUCACCCCGCCGGGCCACCUCAUCACCAUCACCUACAUCACCACCAACAGCAACAGCAGCACCAGCACCACCACCACCAGGGCGCGUCGCAGCACGGCCAACAGCCGUCCGGCGGUGCACCGGGUACCACGCUGCCCGCUUCGGCGUUGCUCCGGCAGAUAUACGCCAACCGCGAGUCGGUAAUCCGCGCCAACGUGCACGCUCCCCGCUCACCCGGUGCCAAUGCUGUCUCGUAUUACGCGGGCGAAAUGAGCACGUUGCCGACGCCGCCGGGCAGCGAGGGUGGUUAUUCGGAACAGCAACAGUUCGGGCCGCAGAAAAACGAAUUUGGCAACGGCGGCGGCGCGUUGGCCGUACCACCGCCGUACAGUUAUGCAGAUUACCAUACGGCAAUGACUCCGCCGUCGUCGGUGUCGCCGCGUGACAAGCACCAGCACCAGCACCAGCAACAACAGCAGCACCAGCACCAGCAACAACACCAGUACGAUUUGUACGGACCACCGCCGCCGCCGACGUCCGCGGACGCGUUGCUGCAGUUACGGCAACAGCACUUGCACCAGCAGUACGGACAUCACGCUGAGGUGACGUCGUCCGCUGCGCCAGCGCUGCCGCUGAAACCGCAGCCGUACAACCCUGCACCUCCGGCGCCACCGCCGCCGCCGCCCGCCGUGCCACUCGACCAUUACGACCAGACGUCCGCGGCCGCUGCAGCUGCGGCCGCAGCGUUUUAUCACUCGGCCGCCGGCUUCCAUCUUUACCACCCAUCCAAGUCGACGAUGGCUACUGGCCCGCCGCUGCCGCCUCCGCCGCCGUCGUCCGUGUACGCCGCCGACCCGCUUAAGAACCAUCACAACUGGUACUCCACACCCACUUAAUGGGGUGCUCAGUCGAAUUAGAUUUAUAAUAACGAUGACAACGAUAUCGUUUGUAGGUACAUUUCACCCCUUACGCCAUUAUCCCCGCGAAAGCAUAAUAUUAUAAUACGUAAAUAUUGUGGAGGAGUUAAUUUUUAAGCGCGACGCUCGCUCGUAUUUCCUCGGACAUAUCUUAUUUUUCAAAGAAACCAAACAAAGCUGCAGGUAUAAUAUUUUUUUUUAUUGUGCGGCACAGCGAUUUGUUAGUUGGCGGGUACCUAAAAAUUUGCAAUAUUUUCUCUCGAUAUUUUUGAUAUUAUUCCCUUUUUUUUAACGUAGAUAAUGUCCACGUUUGUUAUUAUUAUUGGACUGAUAAAGAAAAGACUAAAAUAAUGGAAUAGUUUAAACAUAAUUUGAUCCUAGAUUACAUUUAUAAAUGAUAAAAUAUAUUGCAUCGAUGAAGGUCGGAAGAGAUAUAAUAUAUACCUACUAGAAAAUACAUCACGAGUACUAUAUGUACAAGCAAGUACCUAUUGAGUUGUUGGAUAUAAACUGAGGUCAACGAUGUUGUAGUGCAAUAUUAUAAUAAAGUAAAUAGGUAUCUAUACAAAAUGAAAACAAGUCCAUAGAAUGCGUAGUUCGAUGAUAUAGGUAGUAGGUACCUACUCGGAUGAUAUAUUCUGCCCCACUCGCCACGCGUGACAUUUACUGCCCCAAAUCGCUCUUCUAAACUUAGAACGCUUAUAAAUAACAAACCACGAAGUAUAAAUAACUUUUGAGAAAUAUCAUUAAAUCUUAAACUUACCAUUAUCAAAAAAUAGUCAAAAGGUAAUGUAAGUUUUAAGUACCAAAGUAUACCUUACACUUUAAUAACCCGUGUAUUACGUCCUGCUCCCACCUAAUCCGGUGUGUGCGUUUUAUUUUUAUUUUAUAGAACUCACUAGAUGUCCAAGAAAAUACGGGUUUCGCAUGUAGAAUAGCACCGCUAUUAUGUGCGAUUGGUAUACUUAGUUUUUUAAUUAUUUUAUUUACUGCUGCUGUAUUCGUUUGAGACUGUAAUAUUGUCGUUAUACUUAUUUAGACUUAUUAAAUAUAUGUAUUAUACCAACUUUGUAAAAACCUACCAAAGGUUGUAUAAAAUACGUAAUACCUACCUACAUAAUAUAUAUAUUAUGCACAUAAAUACUAUGAACAAACUAUAUAUUUUGUUAAGACUAUAUCCUUUUUUUUUAUACAUACAUAUUUUAACCAAAGAUUGUAUUUUAGUGUCGAAUUUUUAAACUGCGUGCCUACCAAUUUUUUUUAUCAAUUAAUGAUGUACCACUGCAGGUGUGUAAAUAUACCUAGUUUUAAUGUUUUUACAUUUUAAAAAAAUUGACAAUUUCGACGUCUGGCGUUUAUUUUUGGUUUAAAAUGUAAUUAUGAAAACUUAUCAAAAAUAGUUAACUUAAUAAAAUAUUUCCAAUUAUAAACUCAAUGA